UCUUCUCCAUCUGCGGCCGCUGUUUCACGCAUGUGGACGUGUCCGGCGCUAGGACCCGGAAGCUGUUGUGACGUCACUCCGUCGAAGCGUUCCAAGAUGGCGGACCAAAACACAAGCAGCUCCAAACCAAACCUCUACAGCGAGGUUCUCACUCCUUCUGAGCUCUUUUUGGCCCGUUCGCGGAGUCACAAGAUUCCAGUGAGAGGACAGAAGGACUUCAUCCCAGACGGAUCUGAGGAGCAGAAACAGAAACUGGAACAGGCUUUGAAUGAGCACUGGAGUUUAAUCUCAGAGGAGAGAGUUGAACGACUAGGGAGUUUAGUGAAAGGUGUGUGGAUUCCAGAAGAGCAGAUCAUUGAGCUUCAAACUCCAGCUGGAAAGUUUUGGCAGACAAUGGGUUUUUCAGCCAAAGGGAAACAGUAUCUGCUCCCUGAAGAAGCCCUGUUCCUGAUGGAGUGUGGGAAUGUACAGGUGUUCUACCAGGACCUGCCUUUUUCAAUACAGGACGGAUACGAGAACUUCCUGUCAUCAAAAUCAAUAACAUUUCAACAAUAUCUUGUUUAUGGACACCUUAAGAGGCUGGGAUACGUGGUGCUCAGAUUUGAUCCCAGUUCAGAGCCGUCUGCAUAUGCUCGUCAGCUGAACUUGCCUGUGUCCAGAGACCAAACAGCGAGAGGCAACAAGAGGAAACGUAGCCCCUCUCCUCCACGUUCAAGUAAUAGCCGAGAUGAAACCACAGUGGUGCAAAUGGAGCAGGACCCUGUAGGGCAACAGUCUGGAACACCAAGCUGUCAAACUGAAGUGGAGUCAGUGGAGGAGGAGCCUGACUGUAAACAGGACGUGAUCCGGAAGUCAGAGGUCAAACAACGGUCAUGGUGGUCUCCAGGCAAAACUUCAGGAUCCUGCUCCGUGUCUGGAUCCCGACAGUGGGACUUCAGCUCGAUACACUUCCCAGAUGUGGGAUCUGCCCUCAGAUCUCGGCCCGAUGACGUUGUUUCUUUGGCCGCUCCUGACCCGUCUCUUCUUCCUGGGGCUUUGACUGUCGGCCCGUGUGACGUCAUUCCCUGGAGGCAGAGGAUAAACCUGAAGGAGGUCUAUAUGUCUCCAAAAGAUCGACAAAGAGAAGAAGAAGCAAACAGACGAUGGAUGGACGUGAACAGGGACCCAGAGGUGCGGAGCUGCAAGAGUUGGGCAGAGUAUCGGGCACUGUUGGCCAGGCGGGGGUCAGAGGUCAGAGGCCAUCCAGGUCAUCUUUGGGACAGAGAGGUCACUCCUUUACAUGACCCCAGACAGAGCAUACCCCAUGAGGAGCUAUUGGACAAAAUCAGCAUCAUCAAACCAACUAACUUACUGGAAGGAGCUUCAGGUUUGAAGCCCUUGGACAACUGGAGGAUCAGCUUCAGUGUUUUUCAGCCAGACUCAGUGUCAAGUUUUAAGAAGAGCAACCCGGGGAGGCCCUAUGCACGAAUGGUGGUUUGCAGUUUCAACGACCCUGUCCCGGAUUUGGCCGUGUUAAAGCAGCUCUCGUCUCAGAGUCCAGAGGUGGCGCUAGUCUUCGCUGCAGUCGACCACGGAGACAUUUCCUUUUACACAUUUAAGGACUUCCACAUCCCCAAAGAUGUCUUCCCUUGACAACAUCAAAAAUCACACAAAAAAAACAUUCAAAACGUAUUCAAAAAUCACCAAAUGCACUCGGACAGACUCAACCACUCUGGCACUCAGGGAAUUUUUUAAGAAUUACAGUGUCCUCCAUUAACACUGCACUCUAAAAUUAGAGUGCAGUGUGGAGUAGCUGGGCUAUAUAUUGUUUAGUACUUCAUAUCAAAAUGAGCUACAAAGAUUAAUUGACUAAUCUUGACUUGUCAGACUAUUUUUUAAAAAUGUUUUUUGAUAAUUAUAAUUAUCUGGCUCAAAACACUUUAUUUGUAAAAAUCCUCUAUCUAAAAUUUUUCAGUCACUAUUCAUCAGCUUUAUUUAAACUGGCAAUAGAAAUAAUUGUUUAGUAGUUGCAGCCCUGUUUGAAAGCAGAAAUUAUAUAUAAGUCAAAACUCUGCAGAAAUUUUAAAACAAAACAAAAACUUGUAAGGUUAUUUCUGCACUUUUGUUGUUAAUAUUUUCAAUAAUAAUAAUAAUAAUAAUACUCAGACGGAUUGCAAAUAUAUAAGAAUCCCCAAACACAGAUAUAAUUAAUUUUCGUUAAUAUCAUCUAGACGACUGUGGGAUUACACAGAGAAUAUCACCAACACUAGAUUUAAAUUUAUAUUUUAGUUCUAGUGACAUUCUCACCACAAAACCCUAACUUACCUCGCUGUGAUAAAGAUUUUUGGCCCUUUCUUGACGAUGAUGUGAUGUAGCAAACAAUCACAAUGCCUUGAUUUUGGAUUGCCUGGGUUAGAAUACUUCCUGUUCCUUGGCAUUUACUUUGCAGGUUUAGAAAAAAAAGAAAUAGAAGGAAAAAGAAAAUGAAGGAUAUAAAUAUAUGCUCAUUUUAAUAUAGCAAUAUCUGUGGAAUGCACUUAGCUUUUAAAAAACACUGUUUGCAAAUAAGGGUUACUUUACAAUGUGGAUGUUUUUGUUCAUAAUUAAAUUGCAAAGUGCUAAUAUUAAUGGAGGGCACUGUUUGUUUCAGUACAAUGGGUUUUGUAUGUCAUGUCUAAUUGAUUCAUUAUUAUAAUUUUAAAUAAAAAUCAAAACACAAUUU